AAAAACAUGAUCGCGGCCAAAGCCAAAGUGCACGCCGUCGGGCGCCGCUACGUCACCGAGGUGGCGCCGCCGCAGUUCGUGUCGAUAGUGAAGAAGAGUAGCGUGGCGAAGAGGGUGCUUGAUACCAUCAAAGAGGAGGAGAGGGACGCCGCCACCGCCGGUACCUCACUGCCGGCGAAAAGCUAUUCCUCUGGCGGCGCCGUUGGCUGCCGGCGAGCGACUCAAUUUCCCGGCGUGGCCUUCACGGGUCCGCCGUCGCAAUAAACCAGUACGGUUGUAGGAUUGGAUAGUUGAGCCCGCGGAGGUUGAAACUUCGGCUUUAAUUUUGGCUCUUGUUCGUCAGAAAUUUAAAUAAUUUGUAUGUGAAAAGGAAUUUUAUAGAAAAAUU